AUGAAGAAAAGUCAGAUACACAUAGAUAUAAAGUCUGCGCUGAAAUGCAGCGUAAUUGCACUGCACAGCCUGUGCAAAGUUUACUCGAUUGUUUCCAUCGCAUCGCUAAACCAAAAGCCAGAAAAUAACAGUGUUUCGAAUGCCCUGUACGAUGCAAAGCCGUUGCAAAACGAAGAGUCCCCGGCGUGUGACGCCGAUGAGAAAGCAUACUGCAGAAAAGACCAACCCGACCCAGAAGCACAAAAUGCAGGCAGAAAAUCCUCAAUGUGCGUGAAUUCCGGGAAGACAGACUCCAGGCUGGAGCUUAACAGUCCUGCCACCUCCCGCUCGAAUAGUCCGAGAAGAUCCACGGGCUCUCUCCAACGCGAGACUUCUUUCAGUUCAGCGAGCAUAGCCGGCAGAAAAACCCCCCGCAGCAGAGAGAGCUCUCCAGCGUACAGCCAGAGGUCACCGACACUCAGCGUGGAUGAGAUGCUUAGCAUGGACUUCGUAGAUCUUGAAGCCGCUUCUCUGACUCCUCCUAUUUCGGGUGGUUCUUCCCCCAAGGCUUCCGGGAGAUUCAGAGAGCUAAACUCGUUAGCGGAAGAGGGCAUUCUCGAACCCGAAAAUGUAAGUCCUUUUUCCACUUCCAGGCGCCCGAUGAAAAGCACCGAGAAUUCGUUUGAAGACCAUAUAUACGAAAACCUGCCUUCUGUGGCCAUUCCGAUCUACGACUAUCCCCCUCUCCCGAGAAAUCUUGACGGCACUCUGCACAGGAAGAACAAUUCCGAGAAGGCGAAGGCUGAGCCUGCCCCAAGCAAACCGCUUCUGAUCAACGAAGUGUCCGGUUUUUCCGCGGAUAAAAAGCGCAGGAAGGUUACUCGCGGAUGCAGAUACGUUGAGAUGGAUGUGGGUGUUUCAAAUGCCCCGCGCAUGCCCCCCUCAGCAGUAAGAUCUUCUCUGAAUGCUGAUUCUGACCGCGAGGAAGAGCCCAUUUACGAGAGCAUUUCAGACGAUCGCCCCCACAACUCCAGCGCGGGCAAGCAUGCAGAAAAAGCUCUUGGGGAGGUCCUGACGGAAAUUGCAAAGAGCGAGUUCGCGAAGACAAACGGCGAAAACAUGCACGCAACCAUUACAGUGCAUGUGCACCUUCCCGGGGAGGAACCCCAUAAUCUGGUGCUUCCUUUUGUGAGCACGCUCAUUCUUGACGACAUUCCCCUGGAAAUGGCGAAGACUCUGAUCACUGACCAGCAAGGCGCUGUUUGGGACCUGCUUUCCAACCUGAAAGAGAAAUACCCAAACCUUCCCUCUGUGGUAAAUCUCUCCUACAUGAACAAAGAGCAGUUUUUGAAUGAGGCUGGGCGCUUCAAGGAAAUACACAAAAACAGCGCGGUUGGGCUGAUUGUUUACAACACUUGGAAUGUGCCGAACAGCAUUGACAGGGAGGACAGCAUAAAGCUUGUUCUUAUGAACAACGGAGGCAAGAAAGACACCAGAAACUUCGCGUGCACCGCCAGCAGCUUCAACUACUACUACAAGAACGUCUUCCCGAACGUCAAGAGGGCGAUUCUAAAUAACUGCAUAUCGUACCGGGAGACAAUGCAUUCGAGUCCGCGCAUCAUAGAAGCCGUCAGAAGCCCGUCUCUAACCACCCUGAUCAUUUCUGAAAAAGAAGCCAAAACUAUAGACAUCGGCGCGCCCCUGAGCGAAGAUAUGCCUGCUCUACGCGACCUGACCAUUUUUAACUGCGCGCUUCUGCGCCCAUACGGGACUAGCCACAAAUCGCUCAGGAGCCUGACGAUUGUGAACUACCCGAAAGAAACACUGUUUUUCUCUGUGAGCGAGGCAUUCCCCGCCCUGAAGGAGCUCCGAGUGCUUGACUCCUUCGCUCUCAACAGCCUCCAGGUAUUUGGGCUCUUAAACAAAAGAACGUGCGAAAUCUCCCUGGACUCUCUUGUAAUAGAAGGCCAUGUACACCUGGCUCAUCUGGACAUCUGCGUCCUGCCUGAAGACCUGGCAACAUCCUCCUGCGAAAGGAAGAAGAACAACACCAAGUUCGCAGGCUUGAUAAAGAAGGCGGAAAAAUCCGGCAGACAUAAGCACAGAGAAGAGAACAAGUACAUGGUUUCCAGCAUAAAAAUCGCCAAAACCCCCAGACUGCCAGACUCUGUAGUACUGGAAGUAGAAAAGGAGCUGGUCAAAGAGAACAAGUUUGCUAAAGAAAUAUUGCUGUAA